AGAAGCAGAGGCAGAAACCUAGGGCAGCCUUGACAGACCCCCAGCAUGGGGCAGAGGCGCAGCUUGCAAUACCUGCAACCCCUGCAAAGAGCAUCCUUGGCCUCAGACAGCGCUGCCUGCAUGGAGGACAGAGCCAGCCCUGCUCUGGCAAAGCCCGCCUUCCUCCAUCCUUCCUCCUUUCCCUCCAGGCUGCUGCUGAUGUCUUCUGAGUGAAGAGUCUCCUGCGCAAGCAAGACCAAGAUGACAAGCUCGGCCCGGGAACAUCUCCUUUUUGUGCGACGGCGCCAUCCUCAGUUACGCUACACUUUGAGCCCAGAGAACCUCCAGAGCUUGGCUUCCCAGGGCACGGUGCCGGAGAACAUGAACUUGCAACGUGCCAACAGUGACACUGAUCUGGUGACCUCUGACAGUCGCUCCAGUUUGACUGCAAGCAUGUAUGAAUACACACUUGGACAGCCUCAGAACCUCAUCAUUUUCUGGGAUAUUAAAGAAGAAGUGGAUCCCACAGACUGGAUCGGGCUUUAUCACAUUGAUGAGAACUCGCCAGCAAACUUCUGGGAUUCCAAGAACCGUGGUGUGACAGGAACACAGAAAGGACAAAUCGUAUGGCGAAUUGAACCUGGCCCCUAUUUCAUGGAACCUGAAAUAAAGAUCUGCUUUAAAUACUACCAUGGUGUAAGUGGAGCCCUGCGAGCAACAACUCCAUGCAUCACUGUGAAAAACCCUGCUGUGAUGAUUGGGGCUGAAGGUACUGAAGGUGUUUCGGCAGGUCAGCAUAGUCGAAAAUUAGUUAGCUUUACACUCUCAGAUAUUAGGGCAGUUGGACUUAAAAAGGGAAUGUUCUUCAAUCCUGAUCCUUACUUAAAGAUGUCCAUUCAGCCUGGAAAGAAAAGUACAUUUCCUACAUUUGCCCACCAUGGCCAGGAAAGGCGGUCUACUAUCAUCAGCAACACAACCAACCCUGUUUGGCACAGAGAGAAGUAUUCUUUUGUAGCACUUCUAACUGAUGUCUUAGAAAUUGAAAUUAAAGACAAAUUUGCCAAGAGCCGGCCUAUCAUCAAGCGCUUUCUUGGGAAGCUCACUAUACCAGUCCAGAGGCUGCUGGAAAGGCAUGCAAUAGGAGACCAAAUUCUCAGCUAUAACCUUGGUAGAAGACUUCCAGCUGACCAUGUUAGUGGCUGCCUGCAGUUCAAGGUAGAGAUUACGUGUUCCAUCCACGAAGAUGCUUCGCCUGAAACUGUGGGAACCAUUCUCGGAGUGAACUCUGUAAAUGGGGACUUGGGUAGCCCAUCUGAUGAUGAAGAUAUGCCUGCAGGACAACAUGAUUCACCUCCAGUUUGUUCAAAUGGCCCAAUCUCUGAGGAAUCAUCUGGAGAAGCUAUCCAGCGGCAUUCUCUGAGGACUAGUGUGACUCUAGAAACAGAUCCAGAGGAUUUGACCUCUGUGGCUUCAGGGUCAUUGGCCCCCAGAGGUCGCCAGGACUCCUUGAAUGACUAUCUAGAUGCAAUAGAUCAAAGCAAUCAUUCUAGAUCUGGGACUUCCACUUGCAAUGAACGUACUAUUGGUGCAUCCCCAAAAUUAAGAAGUAGCUUCCCUACUGACACUAGACUUAAUGCUAUGCUUCAUAUUGACUCUGAUGAGGAGGAGCAUGAAUACCACCAGGCUCUAGGGUUCCAGCCAUCAUUGGAUGAUGAUGGUGGUGGUUUAGUGAUGUUGAAUGGUGCCACCAGGAGUGCGGAAGAGAGUUUCUUAGAUUGUUCAUCAAGCCAGAUGCCAAGCCAGGACCCUGACGAAAAUGGUCAGGCAUCAGAAAUAGGAGAGUCCUCACAACCUUCAGAAUGUCAGCAAGAGAUCUUGGAAGAGCCUCUAGAAUUGGAUCUGGGAAGAGAAGAAGCUGGAACCCUUCAGGUGACUCAGGACAGUGAGCCAGUAGAUCUGGCUCCCACUGAAACUUCUGCACCUCAGGAAGGCGAGCUGCCAAAUGCUGUCCUGAAUCCUGAAACGUCUGAGUCUGCUCCUGAAGACAGAAUCAGAAUGACAGAAGCUGAAUCUGUGGAUCAGGGAUCAGAACCUUCUCAGAUUUCAUCAGAAACUGAGCCGAGUGACCCUGCUCGUACAGAAAGUGUUAGUGAAUCAAGUACCAGGCCGGAAGGAGAAAGCGAUGCAGAAGGGGCUGAUGGCUCAUGCCAUGAAAGCACAGCUCCUCGGCUCUCGUCGGUUGACACUUCUUCCUUCGAAAGUGCACGGUUUCCUGACAUGCCAGCAUUUUCUUCUCAGGAAGAGGAAGAGGGAGCCUGUACAGUGGAGGCCACUGGCAGUGAGCCUUCUUCAGAGACCCAGGAGGUGAUAUGCACCCAGGCAUCUUUGCCUGCAGUGAACAUACCAACUGCUCCAGAGGAAGGGCAGUUGCUUGAGGCAGGUGGGCUGCAAGAUGGUGAUGAGGCUGAAGAAAUCUGGCGGCGGAGGCAAAGCCUGCAGGCUGCAGCUGCACAUAGCCAGUCUCAAGAGGAAGAGGCUAGCGGGUCCCAGGCGGCUUGUGCGGGAGCUGCUUCCGAGGUGGAUGGAGCCACCGGAGGUGCCCAAUCCAAUGGUCAUCAGCCUCUGAGAACACUUCCGUCUGUUCGUCAGGAUGUUAGUCGCUAUCAGAGAGUGGAUGAGGCCCUGCCACCAAAUUGGGAAGCCCGUAUUGACAGCCAUGGGAGGAUAUUCUAUGUGGAUCAUGUCAACAGAACAACAACAUGGCAGCGGCCUACAGCUCCUCCAGCCCAACAAAUUCUUCAGCGUUCCAACUCCAUACAACAAAUGGAGCAACUGAAUCGCCGGUAUCAAAGUAUCCGCCGAACAAUGACUAAUGACAGACCAGAGGAGCAUCCAAAUCCUAUCGAUGGAGCUGGAGAUGAUCCCGACUUCCACCACCCGAGUGCAGAUUUCCGAAGGGAGAACGUGCUGCCUCAUUCUACCUCCAGGUCCAGGCUCACCUUGCUGCUACAGUCUCCUCCCGUGAAAUUCCUCAUCAGCCCAGAGUUCUUCACAGUGCUGCAUUCUAACCCUAGUGCCUACCGCAUGUUUACAAAUAAUACGUGUCUGAAGCACAUGAUCACCAAAGUCCGACGGGAUACCCAUCAUUUUGAGCGCUACCAGCACAACCGGGAUUUAGUGGGCUUCUUGAAUAUGUUUGCCAACAAACAGCUGGAGUUGCCGAGGGGCUGGGAAAUGAAGCAUGACCAUCAGGGCAAGGCUUUUUUCGUUGACCACAAUUCCCGCACCACCACGUUCAUCGACCCACGGCUUCCUUUGCAGAGCAGCAGGCCAACCAGCGCAUUGGUCCACCGGCAGCAUUUGACAAGACAGCGUAGUCACAGUGCUGGCGAGGUAGGGGAAGAUUCUCGCCAUUCAGGGCCUCCUGUUUUGCCACGGCCGUCAAGCACAUUCAACACAGUCAACAGGGCUCAGUACCAGGACAUGGUUCCUGUGGCAUACAAUGACAAGAUUGUUGCAUUUCUGCGACAACCCAAUAUCUUUGAAAUUCUACAGGAACGUCAGCCAGAUCUUAUCAGAAAUCAUUCACUCAGGGAGAAGAUCCAGUUUAUUCGAACUGAAGGGACCCCAGGGCUGGUGCGUUUGUCCAGUGAUGCAGACCUUGUCAUGUUACUAAGCUUAUUUGAAGAGGAAAUAAUGUCAUAUGUGCCACCGCAUGCCUUACUUCAUCCCAGUUAUUGCCAGUCGCCACGAGGCUCUCCAGUCUCCUCUCCUCAAAACUCCCCAGGUACUCAGCGUGCUAAUGCUCGAGCUCCAGCUCCUUAUAAAAGAGAUUUUGAAGCCAAGCUGAGGAAUUUCUACAGGAAACUGGAGACUAAAGGAUAUGGCCAAGGCCCUGGAAAAUUGAAAUUAAUUAUCAGAAGAGACCAUUUGUUAGAAGAUGCCUUCAAUCAAAUUAUGGGUUAUUCGAGAAAGGACUUGCAAAGGAAUAAAUUGUAUGUCACAUUUGUCGGAGAGGAAGGACUGGAUUAUAGCGGGCCUUCAAGGGAAUUCUUUUUCCUGGUAUCAAGAGAACUCUUUAACCCGUAUUAUGGAUUAUUUGAAUAUUCAGCCAACGACACAUACACUGUACAAAUCAGUCCCAUGUCUGCGUUUGUGGAUAAUCACCAUGAAUGGUUCAGGUUUAGUGGCCGGAUACUUGGUCUCGCUCUCAUACAUCAGUAUUUGUUAGAUGCCUUCUUUACACGACCAUUUUAUAAAGCCCUCCUCAGAAUACUGUGUGACCUGAGUGACUUGGAAUACCUUGAUGAGGAGUUCCACCAGAGUUUGCAGUGGAUGAAAGACAACGAUAUACAUGAUAUCCUAGAUCUCACAUUCACUGUAAAUGAAGAAGUCUUUGGACAGAUUACGGAACGGGAACUGAAGCCUGGAGGUGCCAACAUCCCGGUCACAGAAAAGAACAAGAAGGAAUAUAUCGAGCGAAUGGUAAAAUGGAGAAUUGAGAGAGGUGUUGUGCAGCAAACAGAGAGUCUAGUACGGGGUUUCUAUGAGGUUGUUGAUGCGAGGUUGGUAUCUGUAUUUGAUGCAAGAGAACUGGAGUUGGUUAUUGCUGGCACAGCUGAAAUCGACUUAAGUGACUGGAGAAACAAUACUGAAUACAGAGGAGGAUAUCAUGACAAUCAUAUCGUAAUCCGAUGGUUUUGGGGUGCUGUAGAAAGAUUCAACAACGAACAACGGCUGAGACUAUUACAGUUUGUGACCGGCACAUCAAGUAUACCUUAUGAAGGUUUUGCUUCUCUAAGAGGUAGCAAUGGACCAAGAAGAUUCUGCGUGGAAAAAUGGGGAAAGAUCACUGCUCUGCCUAGAGCCCACACUUGUUUCAACCGUCUUGAUCUCCCUCCUUACCCAUCAUUCUCCAUGCUGUAUGAGAAACUGUUGACAGCUGUCGAAGAAACAAGCACAUUUGGACUCGAGUGAAACACAAACCAUAGUGCCCAGCAUCGUGGAUCUUCUGUGGACCAUUCUUCAAGAGGACACAUGAAUGAUUCUAUUGUAUUACUGAGAGGAUUUAUUUUUUACAAUCCAGUUUGAGUCAUGGGACUCCACGAAUGAGAAAAGCUAAUUUGGGGAGCCGUUGUCAGCUCUGACUUGGAUACGGAAGUACUCCAGAGCAAGCAGUUUGAUCUUUAGGGAAUGCUAACAAUCCACUAUCUACCUUUUCCCCCUUCUGGCCACAAAUUUAAUAUUUGGCAUUUCACAUUUUAAAUAUUUGAUUUUAAAAUAAAGAGAUGGAACAACAAGUGAUCAGCAAUAUCAGCACUAAGCCUUUCACAUCUCAAAAAUGGAUUUUUCCAAAAAACCUGGAGAUCAAAGUGACAACAGGGACAUUAUAACCCCACUGGUCAUUGUAUACGGUGAGGUGAAAGCACUAUUUUUAAAGAAAAACUGGUAGAACAUUAUUUCCCAAUGGUACACUACUAUGCGCCCUAUACAGUACAGUACUAGAAUAUACUAUACUUGCUAUACCUAAGAAUACGAGUGCCUGCAUGACAUCAAUUGCGUUUCAAAGAUACAAUAUAAAGAUCCAUUUUUCUUGGGCUUCCCAGGAACAUAAAAUAGGCAACAAGAUAUGGCCUGCAGUGACUUGCAAUUAGGUGGCUUGUACAAAUGUAAUAUGCAGAUAAUGUAUUUGGCAUAAGAUGAGCUAAUAUAAGAGAAUAAUAAUUGAUUUUAUGCUUUAUACUGCAUGAAGAAAGUGGUUUUUUAAAAAAACAACAACAACUAGACUUUUAUCACAGCAUAUCAGGAACAGAACUCUUACACGGUGGUUUUUGUUUAUUUUUGUAGGUUCAUUAUGAGUUUGUUAAGAGUGUAAAUAUGAAACUAGAUGACAAAGUACCUUCUUUGUUCUUUUCACCUUUCCAUGCUUAAUUAUUGUGUUUGAUUCUUUAAACACUCUCAAGGGAAAAAAUGUAUAUAUCUAUAUAUAUAUAUGCCUUUUAUUUUUAUAAAGGUAAGAUAUUCCUGAAACUAUUUUUUGCACUGAAUGUACCAAAGUCAAAGGGACAUCAUGAUCUGACUGACAGAAAACUGAAUCACUCAUACAAAUGUGUAGGAAGAACAGCUUUCUUCACAGUGCCAUGUCUGUAGAUAAUAUCAGGACGGUGCACAUUUAAGUAAUAAUUUUAUAAGGGUCACAACAUGUCAAUGUGUGUUAUACGUAUUUAUUUCAAGGACAUUUAAUUUGAUUUUUUUCAUCCCUCAACUGACUUUAUGGAGUAGAGCUGAAUACAGAGAUUUCACAUUUUUGCUGCAACAUUUUGUGUGUUUGUGUACAGCACUAUUGAAAGCACCACAAUGGAUCUGGAAAGGAAGAUGAACUGUCACAUGAGGAAUGACUCCACCCCACUCUCAUUCAGCAGUGAACCAUCUCCAGGAUGCACACUGUUUGUAGUGUCUUUUUAAGCCUGCAUUUUCACAAAAUAGUUUUCUUAUCAAUGUUUAUUAAAAAAAACCCGUACUUUUUCUACCGUAUAUCUGAACGCAUGAAUCCACCAUGUCAUAUGAGCUUUUCAUUUUGGAAACAUUAAAGGGUGUUGAAAUCUUCACAAGA